AUGAUAGAGCAAGGUAUUGCAGAUUUAGAAGAGAAUGAGCCACCUAGAAUUUCUAGAUGUACAUUCAUAAAUCGUGAUCAUGUCAAAGCGUACAAUGAGCUUGUCGAGAAGUACUUUGUUGUGGACUGCAUUUACCCACUACGCAUGUUUCGACAACGCUUCCGAAUGCGAAGGAAGUUGUUCCAUCGUAUUCAAGCCGACAUAGAAGUGGUUGAACCUUAUUUUCAGUUGAAAUAUGAUUGCACUGGUAGGGCAGAUUUUUCAUCCAUCCAAAAAAUUACAGUAGCCUUGCGCAUACUUGCUUACGAAAAUCCCAUUGAUCGUGAGGAUGAAGCUCUUAGCAUUGCGGAGACGACAACAACUGAGACUGUUCGUAUCUUUUGUCGGACAAUCAUUGACAUGUACUCUGAGCAAUAUCUAAGAUCUCACAAUGGGCGAGACCUGAUUCGAUUGCUAGAUGAUAAUAAAUCUCGUGGGUUUCCAGGGAAGAUCGGGCCUUUAGAUUGUAUGCACUGGGAAUGGAAAAUUUGUCCUACUGCUUGGCAUGGCCAGUACGUUGGCCACUAUGGGAGGCCCACAAUGGUGCUAAAGGUUGUUGCAUCUCAAGAUCUUUGA